AUGAUGGGUAAAAGAGCAACGACAAAGAAAGAGGACUGUAAUACAGCUCCUACGAUUAAAAAACGUAAAGGAAUGCCUGCUGAUACGCAGCAAGUUCUCUUUGGCUGGGCAUCGAAACAAGGAGCAAAACUGGAACUUUUGCAAGUAGAAAUCCGUGAUGGUGAACGAGGUGUAUACGCCAACAGCAACAUAAAUCCAGGUGAACGCAUCGCUUACAUUCCUGACUCGAUCGUGCUCUCCGAAUCCAUGGUCGAAAAGACAGAACUUGGACUGGCAGUUGCAACAUUGCUUCCGGAAUUUGGAUCUACCUGGAGCUACUGGACGAAAGGCCUUAUGCUCAUGAUUGCAUAUAUGGUGCAUGAGCUGUAUGUAAAGCAGGAUGGCUCAUUCUGGUAUCCGUACUUAUCAACGCUGCCAGAAACAUACGAUUUGCCGAUUGUGUGGGAAGAGGACAUGGUAGAGCGAGAGCUAAAUGGAACCAAUAUGGCUUACUUUGUCAGUGAAAAGCGUAAGGAGCUUCGUCGAGCCUUUGAUGCCGUUUCUUCGAACGAAUCUAUAGUGAAGAAGUACUUUCCAACACCUGGAGCUCUCACAUUCGACCACUGGCUGUGGGCAUAUUGUAGUAUAAGUAGUCGAGCCUUUCCUAAAAGGCGUAGUGCUGCUGCUAGUGAACCCGAUAAAAUAGUCGACACCAACAAAAAGCCGGAAGAAUACAGCAUGAGAGCCGACGACCCAUUCAUCCUCGGUGAUCCAAGAGUAGAAGAAUGCGAACUGGCAAUGUGGCCAGUCCUAGACAUGCUGAAUCACGCUCGAGGACAUAAAAUAGAAUGGAUAACAUCUCACGACGGCAUCAGUUUCGUUGCUCAACAGUCAGUUGCCAAGGGCGCAGAAGUAAUGAAUAAUUAUGGACCAAAAGGAAACGAGCUCCUGCUAGGACAUUAUGGAUUUGUGAUUAGUCUAAACGAGGAAGAUUAUGUCAAGGUGAAGCUCGCUGUAGAUACCGAUAGUACUGGUGACGAGACCUCCUCGAACGAUAAUCGGCCAACACCAGAAGACAAUUCAGCACCACUAUCUCGUCUACAGCAAAAGCUGAUUCAUCUUAAAGAUCUAGGUCUUGACGACCGUCAAUUCCUACUUUUCGAGAACGAUGUGGAGAUACCUGUAAAGAUGCUUCGAAUGAUCCGAGUCUUGUUGACUAGAACAUGUGAUGGUGAUUUGACAGAUGGGUGUAAUCCAGUGUCUCCACGUUGUGAGAUUGAAGUCUACCAUAAUUUGUGGAAGUUGCUCAAGGGUAGAGAAGCUAGGUUAUUAGAAAACCCAGUCACUGCUGAAGGUGGUGAUGACAGUGAUGGUGUAGAAGAACCCGAUGCGAGGAAGCGGUUUGCUAGAAUAUACCGUCAAGGCCAGAGAAGGAUAUUAGAGCACGCUAUUGGCCUUGUCCGCAGCCAGUGCAAAUCAUAUAUAGAGUCACGAGCUGCCUCUGGUACCUCCUUCAUAUUUCUUGAUCCCUUAGAAGAGAACGAAUUCAUGCUUGAUGACGAAACGCGUGUUAUUGAGAAGAUUGUAUAUCUCAAACACGAAAACCCUCUUCUUAAAUCACUGGCAUCGUCUAGAACUGCUGCCAAAGUUGCUGAAAUAUUGGGGCUAGAAACAGAAGAAGCUGCACGAGAGCACUACAACGAGCUGGUGCAAGAUGGCGUGUUGAAACUAGACGAGGAGGCUUUCUUGUGGGGAGCAACGGUGUUGGAAUCGCAUAGUGCUCCUUUGUCUUUGAAUUUUAUGGUGGAGGUGCUGGGUUUGAGUCCUAAUGAGGAGCUGGAUGAAGAACAAGAGGAUGUCAGCGAUGAGGUCGAAGAAGAGGUCGAUGGUGAUGAGAUCCAGGAUAGUACGAACUUCCCAACCUUAAAGCUAUUCAGAAUUGUGCAAUUGUCGCGUAACGAGCAGGAACUACUACGACUUGGAAGUCGAGCCGCUACGGGCAAAUCAGUAUCUGAAAUGACGCGACAGGCAUUCGAACAGUCGUAUGAUGCACGGCCAGCGUGGAGUCGUAGCAUUCUGAUAGUGUUGUUGAACCUAUGUUGUGGUGGAAGUACAAUCAUUGGAGGAGCACUGGUCCCAACACCAAAGUGCUUGUUGUUCUUGGGCAUAAAUGAGUCUGCUCUCACUCAUCCCCUCAGGACAUGUGUAGCUCCUGUUGUUAUUUCAGGCAUUAGCUGUAUUAUAGCGAUGAUUGUGUUGCUGCCUCGCUAUCUGGCGCUUUGGACGAGAGCUGGACUCAAAUCUAGAAGGGCCGUGGAGAUUGGGUGGUCGGUCAUUCUUCUGAUAUCGAUACUAUUAUUGAUGUUUAGCUCUGGAGCAUACACACUCGCCGGAGUCGGUUUAAGCUCAAACAGCACACACAGCACCAACAUAAAUAGCACCGCAAUCGGCGCCGUAUUCGUGCCAGUGGGUCUGACCAACAACUCCUACUAUACACCAUACUUUGGAAACGUUGUGAUCUGCAUCCUUGCGGUUCUGUUUGCCUCUAUACUCGCCAUAAUCGAGUUCAAUACCUUGACAGUGGUGUUAUUUGGACAAGAUGGAACGGGAGGACAUAUAAAAUCCAUACAGCCAAUAGAGGAUGAUUCGCCACCGUCGUCAACAACUACGUUGCCCGUGUUGUCACAAGUAGACGAGGAGCGGCCACUGCCGUCGCCAGGACGAAGGAGAGGCCCAGUAGCCAAUAAUCAUAAUACGUUGUCGAUAUCUGUGCCGCCAGGCCUAGUAGACCAUGAACAACAGCAGCCACUACCUGUUAGAGGGAAUGGGACAGCAUUGAGUAGUCUCAAUACGGUGGCGAUAGCGACAUCGCCACGGCAAGUUAAUAAUGAACAGCAGAUCACAUCGCCGGUUAGAAGGAAGGACACAAGCAACAACCAUACCACGUCACCGAUUGUAGUAUCGCCACAGCAGGGCACCAACGAUCACCAGAUGUCCUGGCCGAUCAUAAGACAGGCAACCCAAUCCAGCAACCACAAUAAGUCGCCAAUCCUAGUGCCCGGACAGCUCGGCGAGGAUCAACCAAUACCGUUAGUUAAGAGGCGAGGAACAGGAAACAGUAACACCAACAAUGACGGAUUCAAUGGGCCUGUCAUACCACUAUCAUCACUAGCGAACGCAGAACCAUCACCAUCUAGACGCAAGAGGCCACCAGCGCCACGAUCAAAGCCAUUGCCGAACUUGCCUGAUGAGAUUGAUCUUGGCGACGCUGUGACAUAG